UAACACAAAGAAAAGAAAAAGAAACAAAACCAAAAAUGCAAAUAGAAAAAGAAAACGAAGAGAAUGCAAUUGACUCGUUCAUGUGUCCAAGUUUCAGUACUUAUACUUCUAAUAACUUAAACGACGUCGCUCAACAAGUUAUCAACGAAAAUGACAAUUCAAUCUCUCAAAACUAUGAUUUCGAAUUCGUUGCGUUUCAGAAAACAUCUGAUGAGGUUUUCUUCGAUCACCGCCGCCGCAAUACGACUCACAGAGUUUUCCCGAUCUUCAACCGCGACGGCGAUAAGAGAAAUUCUGAUGCGGCGGAGAUUUCGAUUCCGAUACGGAAGUUAAUCAUCAGAGAUGAGAAGCGGAAUAUUGAUCCUCUGUCUCCGUUUUCCUCGGAGGUAGGAGACGAUCUUGAUGCGGUUCCGCCGGCAUCGUAUUGCUUGUGGACACCGAAGUCUCCGAUGGCUUCUCCGAUCAAAUGCAAGAAAAGCAAGAGCGGUGAGAAAAACCUUCCGAUAGUUACUGAAAAAAAGAAUCCGGUAACGGAAAGGAAUAUUCCGGCACCGGUGCCGGCAAUGGAAGCGUUUUAUUUAAGAAAGAAAGCGAUUAAGAGAAAAUCGUAUUUACCAUAUAAGCGAGAGUUAAUUGGCUUUGGUGUUGGUUUUAAUGCUAAUAUUGGAAGAGGUUUUCCUCUCCCUGUUUGAUUAAUUUUACUUCAGAUUUUAACUAUUUUUAAGUCUAAAAAGAGAUUAGGACUAAAGGUUAAUUUUUAAAGUAUUACUGUAAUUUCUUACCUAAUUCACUUUUGGAAUAGCAAAAAGUGAAAAAGAAAAGUAAACUAUAAUAUUAGUUUUAAGACUUUAUUAUAUAGUGAUAUACUAUAAUAAUGUUGUAACUA